AAUACCACCAAUAUUUUGGUUAUUUGCUAAAUUGGCCUUAAAUUAAUAAAAAAAAAAAAAAAAAAAAACAAAACAAAACAAAUUGUGGAAACUGUCAGCUUCGUUGCCAAUCAAUCAUGCCUGGUCUCGUUUGGCUUCUCAAUAGGAAGAAAGUCGAGGCAGAAACAAAAGGAAACUAAUCCUCAGAGCUCGAAUCCAACCCUAAAUCUCAGUUCCCCACAAAGUUCUUUCAACUACUUGUUGCUUGGAUCUGCUUCAAUUGGAGUGAGUCCGUGAAUCGAAUUCGUUUGUAUUCCUGGAUCGAUCUGGGUGGGUUUUUGAAUUUGAUCGGUGGUUUCAGACAGAUGAACAACGGAGAGGAAUCCUCGAGAGUGGAAGAAAGCGGCGGCAUGGAUGCCUCUCCGUGUUCAUCGUUACAUUACUCCUCCUGUGGCGAAUCUGAGUUCGAUCGGUAUUGUAGUGCGAACUCGGCUUUGGGAACGCCAAGUGUGUGCGGCUCCACAGGCCCAUUUCACGAUUCCUUGGAUUCUGAUUUUGACAAUUUUAGCUUGGGACCAACUCUAAAGCUCUCUUCUUUCGCUAAGACACGGUUAGCUGAUGGAGGAUUUGGCCCCGAGAACGCCAACAUAAUCCAAGAAACUGAUGGUUUGGUGAUGGGUGCUGCUAAGCUUUGUGAUGAAGCUACACUUGAAAGAGACUCCAUGGAUCAGUUUAAUGAUGUGGAUGACAAUGAGUUUUUAUGUGGUGAGCAUUCUGAUGAUGAUGAUGAUUCACUUCCAGAUCAUUCUCGUCAAAAUUUAUGUUUUCCACCGAAUCUACAGCAUAAAGAGGAGUCUAAAGAUAACCCUUUCCUCAUCAGUUCGUCCACUGCCUUUGGUACAAAUGAUUGGGAUGAGUUUGAGCUUGAAGCCACACAACUUAAUGACUCUCCAUUUGACUUCAGCGGCUUUGAUAAAAGGUGUGCUGAAACUGAAGGGAUGUCCACUAAGCUUCCAGAUGUGGCUCAUGCAGGAAAAGGGAUAGAACAUACAAACCUAACCGUGAGCACUAGGGAUACUCCGGAUUUAAGCGUAUUCCGUGAAAACACUGAAGAUAUACUAAAACCUGGAGAUUUAACUGUCCUGAACCAAAGGGAGCAAGGUGGUGUAGCAAGAGACAGCAUAACUGUCAGAGGUUCUGCAGACCUGAGCGUUGAUAUAAAAACCUUGGUUGUUCCUCCUCAAUCACUGUUAAAAGAAGAAUCUACUCAAGACAGCUUCCUUAGCAACAAUCGAACUGAAGAUAGACCUGUAGCCAUGAACUACCUUCAAUCUUGUGAUUCUGAUGAUGUCCUCGAUAUCACACCAGUUCAGUUAGGAAACGAAGAUUUUUCAUGUGGGAUUGGCCAUCUUGAUGGCAAUGUUUCUUUUGGACUACUUCACGAAUCAUUUGGUAAUGCAAACCAGUCAGUUCCAUUUGGAGAGUGCACCUCAGAACCUUUGUUGGCAUCUUCGAACUCUGAUAAGCCAUCAUCUACAGUUUCUCAUCCUGUAAUAAAUGCCUUACAGGUCACCAAUGCACAACCUAAGAAGGAGAACACAGAACUUAACGACUUCUAUGAUGAUUUUGUUCAUGAUAUGGAAGAUAUACUGCUCGACUCUGGUGAAUCAUCUGGGGCAAGGUAUUCUAAGAGUGACAAGAUGUUCCAGCUACAGCUCUCGCUUCCUAACAGGGAUGGGGGACAAACUGCUACAACCUCUGGUCUAGAGGAUUCAUCUCCAAUAGUCUCCCAGAGAUUUAGGAUUGAUAGGGUAGAAGUUGUCGGGGUGAAGCAAAAGAAAGGUGAUGUCUCGCUGAGUGAGAGAUUGGUUGGGGUGAAGGAAUACACAGUGUAUGUCAUAAGGGUUUGGAGUGGGAAGGACAAGUGGGAAAUUGAAAGAAGAUACCGUGAUUUUUAUAGUCUCUACCGUCGGUUGACAUCUUUAUUUGCUGAUCAAGGCUGGACGUUUCCUACACCUUGGGCCUCUGUGGAAAGAGAAUCCAGGAAAAUAUUUGGAACAUCGCCCAACGCAGUUGCUGAAAGAACAGUUCUUAUUCAAGAUUGUUUAAAUUCACUUCUUCAGUCCCGUUUCUUUCCCACACUUCCAAAUGCUUUACUUCGGUUUUUGUCCCCUCAAGAUGCAAGUUCUGCUGGGUCGGAUUCUAUAAUGUCUCCAACAGGCUCUGCUAGCGACACUUUUGCUGCGACCAGUUCUUCCUAUGGAAACACCAUCUCGCUCAUUGUUGAUAUUCGACCUCACAAAUCAGUGAAGCAGUUGCUAGAAGCUCAGCAUUACAUUUGCGCUGGAUGCCACAGAUACUUCGAUGAUGGAGCCACUCUUGUGCGGGACUUUGUUAAAGCUCUUGGAUGGGGCAAGCCUCGGCUUUGCGAGUAUACUGGUCAAUUGUUUUGUUCUUCCUGCCAUACAAAUGACAUGGCUGUCCUGCCAGCGAGAGUGUUACAUCAUUGGGAUUUUAAUCCUUAUCCAGUUUCUCAACUGGCAAAAUCAUAUCUGGACUCCAUACACGAGCAGCCUAUGCUAUGUGUAAGUGCGGUCAAUCCUUUUCUGUCCUCCAAGGUCCCUGCACUGAACCAUAUUAUGAGCAUCCGGAAAAGAAUUACCAUUAUGAUUCCAUAUGUACACUGCCCAUUCCGCAAGACACUCAACAAAGGACUCAGCACUCGGAGACACCUUCUUGAGAGCACUGAUUUUUUUGCUUUAAGAGAUCUAAUUGAUCUUUCUAAAGGGCCAUUUGCAGCACUUCCUGCAAUCGUGGAGACCGUUAGGAAGAAAAUUCUGGAGCAUAUAACAGAACAGUGCCUAGUUUGUUGCGAUGUGGGGGUUCCCUGUAACGCCAGACAAGCUUGUGACGACACAUCCUCUUUAAUAUUUCCAUUCCAGGAAGAUGAGGUUAACAAAUGCCGGACGUGCGGUUUGGUUUACCACAAGAGAUGUUUCUCGAGACUGUCAAACUGCCAUUGCGGAACACAACUAAAGCCAAACAAGAGCUCUGCAGAGCUGCAAGUUUCGGGGAAGAAAUCAGAUUCCACGUCUGUCUUGCCUCUAAGAUUCCUCUCGGGUUUAUUUGGAAAGACAAAAAAAGACACAGAAACUACUAUUCUAAUGGGUUCGCUUCCAACCAACGAUCUAUAAACUAUAGGUCUGAUUCUUUUAUGUAUGUGUGUUUAUGUAAACCUUUGACAUAUGUGUAACGUAAGCCUCACGUGUUAGGCCUAAAUUCUUUUACAUUUUCUUGUAAAAAAGGGAUAAUAAAAGUACGGUCUAGUGUUUUGACCCAAAAAAAAGUACGGUCUAGUGAA